UCUCUCGCUGCUUUGGUUUGUUUUGGUUAUCCAUAGUAACUAUUACUUGUCUUCCUCUUUGUCAUGUAACUUCAUACACAUAUUUCACACACGUACUUUUAAGAAAGGUGCACGAGACACACAACCAGUGACAAAGUGAAACUUGACUGCUCUGCCAGUAAUCUUUGACAUUGAUUUCAGAUGGACAGUGCUGAGCGAAAUGGCCUUCCUCACUACAGGCAGCCUUAUCAUGCAGUCGCCCUGGAUGAAGCGCAGCUGGACGUCCUUGGACAGCGGGUAGAAAAGAAGUCCCUGUCAUUUUUGGAGAGGGUGAAGGCACAGUGUUGGUGUUCUGGUCCCAGGUUGAAGAGUUUCCUACUAGCCUUUUUUCCAGUCCUGUCAUGGCUGCCUCACUACUCCAUCAGAAAAAACGCCAUUGGAGACCUGGUGUCCGGAGUCUGUGUUGGAAUCAUUCAGCUGCCACAGGGUAUGGCCAAUGCCAUGUUGGUGGGAGUUCCUACAGUGUUUGGUCUGCACACCUCUUUCUAUCCUCUGGUCAUCUACUUCAUCUUCGGCACUUCCAGACACCUCUCCAUUGGUACUUUUGCUGUGCUGGCCAUCAUGAUUGGGUCUGUGACAGCUAACGUGGAGUUGCUUAGCAACACUGUUGAAGGGAGUCAGGUUGAUGUGGAAGCAGCCAAAGUGAACGUGGCUGUACAACUCACCUUCCUCUGUGGCCUCAUACAGCUCCUGCUGUACUUGCUGCGUGGAGGUGGCGUGUGUCGCUGGUUGUCCGACUCUGUGGUCAGAGGCUACACCACAGCAGCAGCUGUGCAUGUGAUCAUCAUGCAGCUGCCACUGAUGACUGGAAUACCUGCACAGAGACACACUGGCCUGCUGGCCUCAGCUUGGACUUUAAAGGAUGUUCUGUCUGGAGUGACCAAUGCCAUACCAGGAGCUCUGUCAGUCUCUGCGGUUUCCAUGGUGAUACUCAUUGGUGGCAAGAUGCUGAAUGAGCACUUUAAGAACAAGCUGCCUGUCGCCAUACCCUGGGAACUUAUACUGAUUGUCCUGGGCACCAUCCUGUCAGUACAGAUGGAUCUGAGUGGACAGCACAGAGUCCAGGUGGUGGGACACAUACCCAGUGGCUUGUCUCCCCCAGUCCUUCCCUCUCUGUCUCAGGCCAGAGAACUGUUCUUUCCAGCCCUGUCUGUGGCUCUGGUUAGCUUCAGUUUCCUCUCAGCCAUGGGCUCAGUGUUUGCCCAAAAACAUGGCUACCGGGUGGACUCCAGUCAGGACCUGCUGGCUCUGGGUCUGUGUAACGCCAUCGGAGGAGUGUUUCAGUGCUUUGCUGUCAGCUGCUCCUUCUCCCGCAGUAUGGUCCAGGACAGUAUUGGUGUCAAAUCACAGAUGGCAGGUUUGAUAUCAGCUCUGGUGAUUUUGACCAUCUUGCUGAAGAUCGGUCAUCUAAUUGAGCAGCUGCCAAAGGCAUCGUUGGCAGUGAUCAUCGUGGUGAACCUGCAGGGGUUACUGGCCCAGUUCAAAGAUGUGUGUGUGCUCUGGAAGUCUGACAGAUUAGACCUGCUGGUGUGGGUAGUGUCGCUGAUGUCCACGCUGAUCUUUAACCUGGACCUGGGUCUGGCCGUGGCCGUCGUCUUCUCUCUAUUCACACUCAUCUAUAGGACGCAACACACCUCCACUGUUGUUUUGGGUCAUAUUCCUGGUACAGACUGUUACAGGGAUGUGGGACUCUACACUGAGGCAAAGCAAAUUCCUGGGGUGACUAUACUCUCCUGUUCCAGUCCAAUUUACUUUGCCAACUCUGAACUUGUCUUCACAGAGAUCAGAGAGACAGUGAGUCAGUCUCAGAAGAACAACCCAGCUGGAGUCCACAUCUCUCCCUCUUCCACCUCCUCCUCCUCUUCAACCCAGACACAGACAGACAGUCAUUGCUUGGUUCUCGAUCUCAGCUCGGUCAACUUCAUGGACUCUGUGGCCAAGACAGCACUUUGCAAGGUUGUAGACGACUUGGAAGUCCAGGAUGUCUGUGUGUUUCUGGCAGUGUGCCCAGAGAGACUUUUAACCCAGCUCCAGACUCAGGGCUGUAUUCCAGACAUCCUGCCCAGAUCCUGUCUCUUCCCAUCGGUCCAUCGCGCUGUCCAGCACUACCUCAGCACCUUGCCCAGGCCUCUGGAGGAAAUCAACUCUAAUCCAAGUGAAGGCUGAGCCUAAGUCAACAAGAGGACAGAGAUAAACCCCUUGACUGUUCAGUCUUUAAUGUGGAGGACAGAACAAUCAGCUUCAUUUUAUUCUGAGUCAUUUUUC